AUCGGGGAAGGCAGAGGCUCCCUGGCAUUGUUGGCACCCUGCCUCAAAGAGUCCCCUGUCCUGGAGGCAGAGCUUUGUAGCCUGUCUUGGUUAACGACUUGGGCCAUCUGACCACUCCCUCUUCUGUGCCUUGUCUGAGGUCCUUGUCCAUCCCUGAUUCCAGGCAGCUUCUCUCUCUGGGUUGGGUCAUCUUAAUCGGGGAAACUGAAGCCAUUACUCUCCAAGCCCUGUUUCAUCUUCCCAAGUAUGUCGGAAAGCUGGCAGCAGCCGCCACAGACACAACCGCAGCAGCCACAGCCACCGCAGCCUCAGCACCAUGCAGAACCACCACCAGCCCUUGCUGAGCACACGCUGCCCCCAGGCACGGCCGAGAACCCCCUGGGCUGUGCCGUCUAUGGCAUCCUCCUGCAGCCUGACCCUGGCCUGCAGCCCCCACAGCAUGAGCCCCUGCAGGCAGCAGGUGAGCCAGGACCCAAGUGUGGUGUGUGCGGUCAUGACCUGGCACACCUGUCCAGCCCACACGAGCACCAGUGCCUGGCGGGCCAUGACCGCUCCUUCCAGUGCACACAGUGUCUCAAGAUAUUCCACCAGGCUACUGACCUGCUGGAGCACCAGUGUGUGCAGGUCGAGCAGAAGCCUUUUGUCUGUGGCGUCUGCAAGAUGGGUUUCUCACUGCUCACCUCGCUGGCUCAGCACCACAGUGCGCACAGUGGCACCAGCGGCCUCGUGAAAUGUUCCAUAUGCGAGAAGACCUACAAGCCUGCAGAGGCCACUGAGCCAGCAGCCACUGCUGCCCCCUCGCUGCCCCCAGCGGCCCCACCACCCGCUGUUGCCCCUGCUGAGCAGGUCGACAAGCCCUACAGCUGCCCGGUCUGCCAGAAGCCCUUCAAGCACUUGUCGGAGCUGUCACGGCAUGAGCGAAUCCACACGGGUGAGAAGCCCUAUAAGUGCACGCUGUGUGACAAGAGUUUCAGCCAGUCGUCACACCUGGUGCACCACAAGCGCACACACAGCUCAGAGCGGCCCUACAAGUGUGCGGUCUGCGAGAAGACCUUCAAGCACCGCUCGCACCUGGUGCGCCACAUGUACGCGCACUCAGGUGAGCACCACCUGUUCCGCUGCAACGUGUGCGAGCUACAUUUCAAGGAGUCGUCGGAGCUGCUGCAGCACCCGUGCACGCCCAGCGGUGAGCGGCCAUUCCGCUGUGGUGAGUGCCAGAAGGCCUUCAAGCGACCCUCGGACCUGCGACAGCACGAGCGCACACACAGCGCCGAGCGGCCCUUCAAGUGUGACCUGUGUCCUAUGGGCUUCAAGCAGCAGUACGCGCUGAUGCGGCACCGGCGCACGCACAAGACCGAGGAGCCCUUCAAGUGCGGCCUGUGCGAGAAGGGCUUCGGUCAGCCCAGCCACCUGCUCUACCACCAGCACGUGCACACCCUCGAGACCCUCUUCAAGUGCCCCGUGUGCCAAAAGGGCUUCGACCAGUCUGCUGAGCUGCUGAGGCACAAGUGCCUGCCGGGCGCAACUGAGCGACCCUUUAAGUGCCCAGUGUGCAACAAGGCCUACAAGCGGGCAUCGGCCCUGCAGAAGCACCAGCUGGCCCACUGCUCUCCAGCCGAGAAGCCCCUGCGCUGCACCCUGUGUGAGCGCCGCUUCUUCUCAUCCUCGGAGUUCGUGCAGCACCACUGCGACCCAGCCCGCGACAAGCCGCUCAAAUGUCCAGACUGCGAAAAGCGCUUCAAGUAUGCAUCAGACCUGCAGCGGCACCGGCGCGUGCACACCGGCGAGAAGCCCUACAAGUGCCCCAGUUGUGACAAGGCCUUCAAGCAGCGUGAGCAUCUCAAUAAGCACCAGGGUGUGCACGCUCGUGAGCAGCAGUUCAAGUGUGUAUGGUGUGGAGAGCGGUUCCUGGAUGUUGCCCUCCUGCAGGAGCAUAGCGCGCAGCAUAGUGCCGCUGCUGCCGCUGCGGAGGGCGCCUAUCAGGUAGCAGCCUGCCUGCCCUGAGUCCCUGAGUGGCCCCCACCAGGCCAGUCCUAGCCUCCUUGAACGGAGGUCCCCCCUCCCAGUUCCAUGUUCAAAGGCUCUAGGCAUGAGGACAGAAGAACACUGGGCAGGUGGAGGGGCCUGGCUCUUCUGGUACCUGCCUGGAGUUGGGGGAGCCAGUUUGCUGUGGCUGGUCCUGAUUCCACAAACCUCUUUCCCAUUAUAAGAUUCAUUUUUCUUGAGAGCCAUCAGCCUCCCUUGUCUUUGGGGGCAUGGAACCAGACUAGAAGUCAGGUGGCCUCUCUCUACCCCAAGGAGGGGUUGGUGCCAGCCCAACCUUCCCAACCAAACAUUUUAGUCUAAUUAGAAACCAGAUGGUUAGGAAAGAGGACUGUCAUGGUAGGGCCUGGGGGAAGGGCUGGACUCCAGAGGUGGGCUAGGUGUAGGGCAUCCCCCUUCAAGUUGCUGUUUGAGGGAGAAGGCCAGCUUCGUGAUGUAGUCUUGGGGACCAGGAGGGCACACCAUGAGCCACAUGUCUCUCUGUCUGUUCCAGGUUUCUGACAGGUGUGACUAUAAGAGGGCUGCACAUCUGUGGGCUGGGUCUGCCCAGUAAGCAAUUGGCCUAGCCAGAAGGGAGGAGGCUGAGAAGUAAUCCAGAGAGAACACUCAGCCAGGGACAGUGCCCAGGCCAGUGCCAUCCAAGGGAAAGGCAGAAAGGCAGCCUUUGCAUGGAGGUCUAAUCCUGAUAUUUUGAAAGCACCCCUCCCACCUUUGCAGUGUGGUUCCAAGCUCUGGUGGGGAAUGUGCUGUCAGCCAUACAGAACUGCUGAUGUGAAGAGGGGAUUGUUAGACCUCCUGGUGCCCAGGAGGAAGCAGGGCCAAGCCCAUGAUCUUCCCAGUGGUUGUGAACAAAUGUUCUCCCUCUUGAAUUGUGUGAACCAAAGUGUCAAGGGUGUGGCCUCAGUCGGCUCCCAAUCCUGCUUCAGGGCCAUGACCAGGCUCAUGUAUCCAGGGUAGAGCAGGUGAAAGGACUAUGUGAUUGGCCUUUGAUGGCACAGAGCCCUGCUAGCCCAUGGGAGCCCUCCCCCGUCAGGCUCACUGCUGGCCUGGACCCAGCCAUCUUGCACUGCCCAGAUGCCCUGGACAACAUCCAGCUACUUCCAAGGCCAGAGAGUUUUCCCUUGGGUCCUCCUAGCAUCCUUCUUGUCUCUGGCUGUCCACAGGGCUGGUCGACCUGAGGUGAUGGCAUGGGGAACGGGUCAGGGAAGAGGGUUGUUAAGGAACUCAGUAGGUAGAUAGAGUCCACUGAUAUCACUGGAUGUCCCAGGCCCUUGGGAAGUCCAGAGGACCUUUAUUAUCAAAGUGAUUAUUUUGACCCUAGCUCUGUCCCUGCCCUCUUCCAGUCCCCUUCCCUGGUCAUAGAACUUAAAAGACUUUAAUCAGUGCACCAAGGACCCAGAGGAGCAGGGAGUCCCACCGUCUCCCACUCUCCCCUUAAGAGUCUGAAAAGAGCACAUCCACCUCCUCCAUCUGACCGGGUUCCCUUCAUGUGGGGCUGGAUUUUCAGUGCCUCGAAGACAUUGAACCGAGGCUGACAACAGUCCCAACUGCUAAUUUUUUCUUUUUCUUUUGCUUUCUAAAAGCAGUUGUUAUACUAUUCAUACCAUUGUAUAGUUUAAUUUCAUGCCAUUUUGGAUAUUAUAUAAAAAUGUGAGAAUUUGGAUUUUUAAAAAGAAUGACUCCAUUUUAGA